AUGUCGGACGAUGAAGUCGAUCUCGAAUUACUGGACCUACUCCGGAAACGGUUCGGCAUUGGAGUCAAAGAUGAAGGUCCGCCAGAGACCAAAGUUCUCGAUAGUGCCCAAUUCAUAUACGACAAUAGCAUCGAUGUGGCCUUGGAUAUGCGAUCGACGAAACUUGCCGCUGAACUGGUCUUGCAAGAAAUGGAGAAGCGCGAAUACAGCACUAAGACAUGGUCUGAGCAUGAACUACAUCCUAAAUCCAAAGAUGAAAGUACUGUCAAUUUCAUCUUUACAAUGGACCUGCUGAAUUUCAGUUUCUGGAGCGAAAAGAGCGAAGAAGGCCGGUUUGCAGUGGUCUACAAGGGGAAGAGAUGGACGGGCUAUUUUAGUUUAGUCGCCCUUCUGCAGAGAGCUUUGGAUCAAGAUAUACCCAUUACGAGCCCGGACUUCUGGAUCGACGAAGAGCGGUGUACAGAGGAUGUAUUACGGACCGUUUUUAGCUCUGGUACUGACGAAGAGAUUCCCAUGUUCGAGGAACGAGUACGAUGCUUGAGGGAGGCAGGACAAAUCCUGGAAGAGGAAUUUGAUAGUAGUGUCGUCACCCUCAUUGAAGACUCAAAGGGCUCAGCGGCUGGACUGGUGAAUCUACUCGCAGAGAAACUCCCCUGCUUCAGGGAUGAAGGCACCUUUGAGAGGAAGAAAAUACGCUUCUUGAAGCGUGCGCAGAUCUUUGUUGCCGAUCUCUGGGCCGCUUUUGACGGCGAAGGCUACGGAGAAUUCAACGACAUUGACAAAAUUACGAUGUUUGCGGAUUACCGCAUCCCACAAAUGCUUCACUCACUCGGCGUACUAUGGUAUUGUCCACCUCUCGAAAACAAGAUAAGGCGCUUGGAAAUUAUUGAAUCUGGACACUCGUGGGAGAUGCAGAUGCGAGGCUGCAGCAUAUGGGCGGUUGAGCUGCUCCGUCGGGAGAUAUUGAAGCUAAAACCGGAUACGAAGGUCAAUGCAAUCCUUAUUGACUUCUUCCUCUACGACCUGGCGAAAGAGAAGGAGAAGGAUGGUUCUGAGGUAAUACCGCACCAUCGGACGAGGAGUAUAUGGUACUAA